AUGUCUCGCCGACGCCCGAAUUUCUCGACGCGGUCGGCCCAAGAAGAUGUCGCACGUCUUGAUCCCAAUGAUCCCGGGGACACUGCCCCUGGUGACCGAGCCCGACUGUUACACUGGCCACCCACUCUUUGGACCCGCCAACAGGGGGAGAACCCGACGGAGUCCUCAGAGCACCAGCGCCAUUUGUUUCCAGCGAACCCUCUUCAUAGCUUAUCCAGAUGGUGGAACAAGAAGAUAGGACCCUUCCAUGACAGCAGUGCAGAUAAGAAGGACAAGCCUGGACAUCGUUCGUUCGAGGAGUCGAAGAAGCUUGGCACCUUCUCUGGCGUGUUUGUACCCACAACUUUGAAUGUUCUAAGCAUCCUGAUGUUCCUUCGAUUUGGUUUUAUUCUCGGCCAGGCUGGAUUGCUCGGACUGCUCGCGCUUUCGUACUUGAUCAACUUGGUAACCACCAUGUCUCUCUCUGCAAUUGCAACAAAUGGCACUGUUCGAGGUGGCGGUGCAUACUACUUGAUCUCUCGUUCCCUGGGACCCGAGUUUGGAGGCUCCAUAGGAGUGGUCUUUUACCUGGGAUACGUCUUCAACACCGGCAUGAAUGCUGUCGGUCUGAUCGACUGUUUCACCCAAAACUUUGGAAUCAAAUCUGGCGCGUGGACUCAUUUUCUUCCGGAAGGCUUUUGGUGGGAGUACCUCUGGGGAACAGUCAUCCUUGUUCUCUGCACAGCCAUCUGUUUAGCAGGAAGCUCUAUUUUUUCGAGAGCCAGCAAUGGGCUUUUGGUUUUGCUUCUUAUUGCAACUUUUAGCAUUCCGCUUUCUGCCGUCUUUGUGAAGCCUUUUCGUUCCGCCGUGGACCACGUUGAGUUUACCGGCCUUAGUUGGCAGACGUUGAAGGAGAACUUGAUGCCUCAUCUGACGAAAGGUGCCGCGGGAAGCCAAUUGAAGGGACGGGAGAAUUUCCAAGAUUUGUUUGCCAUUCUGUUCCCAUCCACUGGUGGUAUUUUUGCCGGUGCGAGUAUGUCAGGAGACUUGAAGAACCCAAGCAAGUCCAUUCCUAAGGGAACCCUUGGCGGUCUUGCCCUGACCUUCAUCGCGUAUUUGCUGGUCAUUCUGGCCAUGGCAGCUUCCAUCACUCGACAGUCGCUCUACGACAAUGUCAACGUCAUUCAGAUCGUCAACUUCUCCGAUACGGUCAUUCUCAUGGGAGAAUUCGCGACCAGUCUCUUCUCGGCGCUGAUGGGCGUCAUUGGUUCCGCCAAGCUCCUCCAGGCCAUUGCCCGCGACGGCUUGCUCCCCGGACUCAGCAUUUUCGGCCAAGGCACAAAGAAAAACGACGAGCCUAUUUAUGCUAUCAUCGUCACUUACAUCUUUGCGCAGCUUACAAUGCUCUUCGACAUCAAUCAAAUCGCUUCUUUCGUGACGAUGACCUAUUUGAUGACUUUUCUGAUUACCAACUUGGCCUGCUUCCUGCUGAAGAUCGGAUCUGCACCUAAUUUCAGGCCAUCCUUCCACUACUUCAACUGGCAAACUGCGGCCACAGGGACGCUUGUCAGCGGGGUCACCAUGUUCCUUGUUGAUGGGCUAUAUGCCGCAGGAUGCGUCAGCAUCCUCCUCAUACUCUUCCUGAUCAUCCACUACUCCUCGCCGCCCAAGGCUUGGGGAGAUGUCAGUCAAAGCCUGAUCUAUCACCAGGUGCGCAAGUACUUGCUUCGCUUAAAGCAAGAGCAUGUCAAGUUCUGGCGACCGCAGAUUCUGCUCUUUGUCGAUGAUCUGGACCGCCAGUACAAACUGGUCUCCUUUUGCAACUCACUAAAGAAAGGCUCACUAUUUGUUCUAGGCCAUGUGCUCGUGACUGAUGACUUCUCGGCGGCGGUUCCAGAGGCCCGACGGCAGCACACCGCUUGGACAAAGCUGGUCGAAUACUCCAGGAUCAAAGCUUUCGUCAAUAUUGCCGUCUCCCCGACUGUCGAAUGGGGAGUACGGAACGUUGUACUCAACUCUGGUCUGGGAGGCAUGCGACCGAACAUAGUGAUCAUGGACCAAUUUAGGGAAACACAAUCCCUGGCUGAAGCAAUUUCCCCUCUUAGCAGCAACCGGAGAGACUCUUCAAAGUCGAGGCGUCGGUCGUCCCUCUUCGGCUCAAGAUAUCAAGACUCCGACGAACCCGACUCGCCAAGCAAGAGGAUGACUUGCCAGAGCUAUGUCACGAUUCUUGAGGACCUACUAUUCAACCUCCGUAGUAAUGUUGCGGUCGCCAAGGGGUUUGAAGAUCUGGAACUACCAGAUCCAAAAGGGCGCCACACGAAGAAGUACAUCGACCUGUGGCCCAUUCAAAUGUCCGCGGAGAUCGGAGCGGACAGUGAAAGCAAGCAAAAUGUGCUCACAACCAAUUUCGAUACAUACACGCUGAUUUUGCAGCUGGGCUGCAUCUUGAACACCGUCACGUCGUGGAAAAAGACCUAUCGAUUGCGUGUUGCUGUAUUUGUCGAGUACGAAACUGAUGUCGAUGACGAGAGAGGGCGAGUGGAAGCACUUCUCGAGAAGCUCCGCAUCCAAGCUGAAGUCCUCGUCUUCUGGCUUGCAUGCGGCGAUGUCAAAGCGUACCGAUAUAUUGUUAACGGCGAGACUUCCCCGGAGAUGACUGCUUCGCAGGACCACGUCCACGAGGUUUUGAAAGACGAGGAGUGGUGGCAAGGCGUCCUUCGAGCUCGCAACAAUCCCCAGAAUCCCUCGGAGCAGGACCACGCCGGGGACAAUGUGCAACGGCUCGGCCGCCUCCCCACCUGGCACGGCCCGGCUAGCCAAGAGAGUGACAACCGGCCUGUGCAGCAACGAGUGACUGGCCUUAAGAAACUCAUACAGGGACGCAGGAAGUCUGUAUCCAGUUUCCGGGGCUUGCGAAGUGUCAAUCUGGGCAUGCAGACUCAUCGCUUGCUCGAUGCGUUUGUCGACUAUGACGGGGACCAUUCAUCAAGUGACAGCAGCGAUGACAGCGACCUGGAGCCCUAUGCCAGUGACCCAGAGAUCGACGCACGCGACGACGAAAACGUCCAUGAGGAUAUGGCCAGCAGUCGUCACGGGAAGGAAAGCAGCCCUGGCCCCUCGCGACCUGCUGGCGGUCGCACCCAAAGCGACGAUCGCAGCGCGGGAGUGAGCCCAUCUACUCGCCCAGAAGCACGCUCGAGCUCCUCGACCAUCCCCACACUAACCGUCCAUCCGCCCACACCUUCUAUAAUUACCUCUAGCGACAAUGCCUCUCCGAAGAGCAAAUCGCCCGCUCCCCCUCGCCCCCCCAUGAGCCGUUCUGCAUCCAGCAACCGUUUCAGCUCCUCUCCGAUCCCAGAGGCGAAGGUGAACACCGACGAGGGCGCAGGCCCAUCGAUCAUGUUUGCCAGCAACUCCCCCCCUCGCUUCUCCCAAAAGCUCGAGUCAAUAUACGCGCGUCGCUCGUCUGCCGGCUCGCCGACUUCUCCCAGUGCCCACAGCACCCAACCAGCGUCAGGCUUCCCUGGCUCAGCCGCAGUCCCGCUGUCAUUCAACGAUCUCCCUAGCAGAGCGCAGCAUCUGAUCUUGAACGAGCUGAUAGUGCAGCACAGUAGUGAGACGGCUGUUGUCUUCACCACACUCCCGUCUCCAAUGGAGGGGACGUCGCAGGGUGAACAUGACUGUGCGUCGUACCUGAGUGACCUGGAAGUGCUGUGGCAGGGCCUGCCGCCGUGUCUCUUGGUCCACAGCAAUAGCAUGACUGUGACGAUGAAUCUCUAA